AUGAGCCGACCACAGGAUCCACCACGAGGUUUCUUCCCAUUUGGAAAUCCAUUUCGGAUGUUAUCGCCAAAGGGUUCGGAUUUAUCGCCAUGGCUACUUGAUCUGCUUAAAGGGUUUGAGCUACUUUUGGAAGAGAGACUAAAGAAACUUAUGCCUAAGAACAAAGAUGACAUUCUCACUUUGUCUUGGAUGAAGCUAGCUAUGGAGUCACUCUGCGAGACUCAUAAGAACAUAAACACACUCAUCACUGAUCUUCAGCUUCCUGUCUCUGAUUGGGAAGAGAAAUGGGUUGAUGUUUACCUCGACAUAAGCGUUAAGUUACUAGAUCUCUGCAAUGCUUUUAGCUCGGAGCUCACACGUCUCAACCAGGGAGAUCUCUUCCUCAAGUGUGUUCUGCACCAUUUACAAUCGGAUUCAGGGGAGAAAUAUCUCCAGGCUCGGUCUUCGCUUGAUAGCUGGAGGCAACAUGUUAAUGCAAACAACCCUAGAAUUGACAACUGCCGUGCAGUUCUAGACAGUCUUGUUAAAUCUCUGAGCUUGCCUAAAGUCAAGAACUCACCUAAAGGAAAGGUUCUUAUGCGGGCUUUUUAUGGUGUGAAGGUUCAAACGGUUUAUAUCUGCAGUGUAUUUACCGUGGCCUGGUCUGAUUCCACCAAGGAUCUUUUCGAUUUACCUGUCUCUGAAAAAACAUUGUGGGCAAAGGUCUUCACUGAUAUGCAAAGUUUUGUAAAUGCUGAGAUCAGAGACAUGUUGUCUUCCGGUAGAAGCACCAUUCUCAAAGAGCUGGAGAGCGUUGAUGCUAGUGUCGAGAAGCUAUACCCGAUGAUCCAAGAUGGCGUUGAUCCUGUCGAAACUGACACCUUUAAGGAUUCUGCUAUGGAAUUGAAGACAGAAGCUGAGAAAUUGUCUCAAGGGUUAGAUCAGUUACUGGAGGAAGUUGACAGUUUCUUCAAAAUGACUUUAAGCGGGCGCGAUGUAUUGCUCUGUAAUCUUAGGUCAAGUGACUCAGUCUCUGGAGAAGAUGUAGAUUAA